CUUUGCGAUGCAAAUCUGGGAGGAUCAGUGUUUGCAUGGAGAGCAGGAAAGAAAAGCAGUGGAAAGAGGACAAAGGACGGUUUCACACAGCGCUGACUCCCCCUCACACAGACUUGGGGAUCGAUCAGCGUCUGGGGCAUCAAGAGGCAGUCUGGGGGCUGGAUUCACGAGGUAAGGUGUUGAGCAGACGGGAUAGGGAGGUGGAGCAGGGGCGCAGGCACCAACACGUGAGAGAGGCACUUCCCCCUUCUUCCCUGGGUGUGUGCAGUGGGGGCUCCAGAAACGCCCCACCCCUGGGAAAGGGGCGAGUGAGGCUGGCCCCAUCUUUCCAGCCCCCGGCGAGCUCCAGCGUCCGCGAGGACAGGGAGGCCUCUAGCGGCCGGCGUGGGAAGCAGGCAAAGGCCGGCUGCGGAGGGCGGGAGGACAUUUCCUACCCGGGCCUGGGGCCGCGCGCUUUCGCAAAGGAAGUGCCUCCCGGACGCAGGGCGGGGCGGGAAGUGGGGGGCGGAGGCGCGGCCAAUGGCAGCUCAGAGGCCGCAAGGGGGCGGGACGGGCCGAGUCCCGGCGCCAGCCCCACCCAGGCUGCCCCGCAGAGCCAGGCGCCGGAGCCCGCCGCAUCCAGGCCAACAAGUUCUGCCGCUGGAGCUUCCACCCCGAGCCUCGCCCCGCUCCCCGCCUCUGCCUUCGGGCCGCACAAGCCCCGCCCCUGCCGCUCCAGGGCAGAGGCCGCGCCCCCUUCCCCGCCGCAUUCCAGGGCUGCCCCUCCCCAGGCCUUCGAAUUUUGCUUUCCAGCUAGCAAUCCCGCAAAGGCACCGGUGAAGUCAGGUGGGCGAAGAGGCACUGACGAGCUGGCGUAG